AUGCUUCCCAUUCUGAUUCUCCCGAUUAUCUCUACCCUGAUCGGCAGUGUCCCCGCCAUACCCAUAUCAGACCAACAACCGUUGGGCGACCAGCUUUGGCAUUCAAAUGGCGACAUUUACAGCAUUGACAAGCCAUCGGACUCCUCUUCUAGCCGAGGACUCACCGGCCGCUUUCUGCAUAUCACAGACAUACAUCCAGACUCGCACUACAAGGCCGGGAGAUCCGUGGACGGGGAUGACGCAUGCCAUCGGGGAAAGGGCCCUGCGGGAUACUUUGGAGCGGAAGGGAGCGAAUGCGACGCGCCUCUCACCCUUAUAAACGAAACAUUCCGCUGGAUUGAAAAAAACCUCAAAGGCAAUAUCGACUUUGUCAUAUGGACUGGUGACUCUGCUCGUCAUGAUAAUGAUGAGAAAAUCCCUCGAACGGAGGAGGAGGUGUCUGCCUUGAACGAGAUAAUUGCUGGCAAAUUCAUUGACACUUUCAAAGAGGGUUCCAGUCAUACCCCUUCUAUUCCAAUCGUUCCUACUCUGGGAAACAACGACUUCAUGCCACACAACAUAUUUAACGAUGGCCCAAACCGAUGGACUAAGAAGUUUGUCGAUAUAUGGGCAAAGUUCAUCCCGGAGCAUCAGCGCCACACCUUCGUGGAGGGCGGCUGGUUUACGUCGGAGGUGAUUCCCAACAAGUUGACAGUCAUUAGCUUGAACACGAUGUAUUUCUUUGACUCCAACUCUGCGGUCGACGGUUGUAAAGCCAAAUCGCAGCCAGGAUUUGAGCAUAUGGAGUGGUUGCGUGUGCAACUAAAGCUGCUGCGGUCACGCGACAUGAAAGCAAUCCUGAUAGGGCAUGUCCCCCCGGCGAGGUCUGGAUCCAAGCGAAGCUGGGAUGAGACGUGUUGGCAGAAAUACACUCUUUGGGUCCAUCAGUAUCGUGACAUUAUUGUUGGUACUGCCUAUGGGCAUAUGAACAUCGACCAUUUUAUGCUCCAGGACAGCCAUAAAGUGAACAUCCUUGAUGCCAGCAAGAGCUCGGCUUCUUCAGCCGUAUCUGGCGAUACGUAUCCCUUGGUCUCUGUUCAGUCCCGCCAAAGUUACCUUGUCGACCUCAGGAAAGAUUGGUCUAAAAUGCCGUCACCACCCGUAGGAAUGUCAGCCCUACAUGAAUUAUUUGAGGAUGGUUCCACCGAACAUGCCGAAGAUUCUGAUCCUGAGGUUCUGAUGGCAAACAAAAAGAGACGCAAGUUUCUGAAGAAGAUUGGUGGUCCCUGGGCUGAGCGAUACAGCGUAUCAUUGGUAUCUCCCAGUGUAGUUCCCAAUUACUUUCCAUCGCUUCGGGUCGUUGAGUAUAACAUCUCUGGCUUGGUCGAUGCCACGACUUGGGCCGAGUCUUUGGAUCAAGAUACUGCAAUAGCCUCGCCUUCCCCCGAGAUGAUAGACGAUGAUGCAUCUAUCGAGAAAAAGAAGAAGGGGAAGAAGAAGAAGAAGAAACAGCCCCACUUCAAGGUCCCCAAACCACCAUCGUCAUCCACUCCACCAGGACCGGCGUACUCGAACCAACCGUUUACAUGGCUGGGUUACACUCAAUAUUUCGCCAACCUAACCAAAAUCAACGAGCACGUGACCAACGGCAGAGAAGUUGCUGGUGGCUCCGUCAAUCCUACCGACACCGAGGUUAACGAGGUUCGUGAAACGAGCCGUGGCGAUGAUGCCUUCGUCUUUGAGGUUGAAUACGAUACUAGAAAUGAUCCAGUUUACAAGAUGAAGGAUCUCACAGUGCGCAGUUUCUUUGAACUAGCGACUCGAAUUGCGAAGGAAUCCUCAAAAAAGAAUGAUUUUCUGGCGGACAGCACAAACGUCGACGGUCUGCCUGCCAGCGAGACUGGCGCAGUCGAUGAUUAUGAUGACGAUGACUUUGAACGCCAAAUGAAAAAGAAAAAGAAAAAACCCCAGAACAAAAUAUGGCGGACGUUCUUUGAACGCGCGUUUGUAGGAUUUCUAGACAUUGAUGACCUUGACGACAUGUCAGAAUGA